AACAAGUUGGAGCGUCGGCGCAUGAAGCGCAGGACGUACAUUCGAGAAAUGAUGCAGCACUACCGCCAAAAGGAGCGAGGGGACCUUGCCGCGUUACGAGCUGAGGUCAGCGAACUCGAGCAGGAACUCCGCCGCCUUGAAGUUUGUCGGAUUCCUUACAAUCCACUUGCUGCACUCCCCUGGCGAGACGUCGCCAUGGCGCUGCGCGACGAGGAAGGGACGUCAGUGUCAGAGAAGCGACUGCUUGUGCAUCAAGUGGACGAUAUGGCGAUGGUGAUCCAGGAGUUGGUGCAAUGGCUUGCAAGGAAAGGUCCAAAGGGGAUUCCCAGAUCUAUUCAAGGCGAUGGCGACGAUACGUGGCGCAACACGUCGCUGGCGGCGGCCCCAGCCUCUCGGGAGUUGGGAAAAGCUUGGAUCCUGAAGCGGCUCGUCCACCACGCCCCAGCGAUAUUCCACAGCUUCGACUUUCCAGCGUUUGAACUGGGCAAUGCCUUUGAAGACAUCAAUGUCCAGUUCACAGAGCACGGGUAUAUCCUCGUUGGUCGAUCGCAGUAUGAGGCGGCCGAAGGGCCGGCUGCUUUGGCGCCAACGUUUGCCGCAUUCAAGGACAAUCUGUGCAGCGUUCUAGUUGUGAAUGGCUUGGAACCCGUUCCGCAUGAGACCGUCGUGGAGUCCUCGAAGACGGCGACGCUGCAUCGCAUGAAAACGUGGCGUGGCGAAGGCGUGAAUCUGCUUUGUGGCGCAGUGAUGGAGCCAACUCGCGGAAUUCUCGUGGCGCAGCAGAUCGCCGACGAUGAUCGGUGGACCUACUCGGCGACGUCCACCCAGCGGGAUCGCAUGCUAUGGUUUGAGAGAGUGUAUCUCCCCUGUGGCCGCAAGUGCGUGGCGAGAAUGCUGCUUGUGGUGCAUCAAACUAAACGAUACGACGGUGAACUCAUUCCGCUGGAUGAAGAGGCGGCCGACUGGGGUGGCGACCUCUCCAUGUGCACCUCAUUGGAAACCAAGGAGGCGAGGUAUCGCCGCCACGCCAUCGAGUUUGCACAGAAAUCGUUUGCAGCGUCGCGGGAGAGACUCUCGAGAGGACGGAAUGCUCGUCCGAGUGAGGGGUAAAAUUCUUCUCUAUUGAUCUGUGUAUCGAAGUCGCCGCCGCCGGCACAUAUCCCCGGCUUGAGUUGCUGCUUCGGCUGGAGCGGCAACCGCUGGUUCCACACGAACAGGAA